ACCUAUUCCGCAACGCAUCAUGGCUGAGACGGCAGCUUUGACGGCGGCCCAAGCGCACGCCCGCAAGGCUGCCGAGGAGACGCAACAGAUCAACUGGACGCAGGCGGCCGAAGAGCAUGGCCAAGCAGCGACAGAAUUCGCGCGAGCGGCGAAAAGCACUGGAGACUCCGAGGCCCUGAGAAUCUUGAAACUACUGGAGGAACAACAUCUCAAGCUCGCAACCAUUAUCAGAGCCCAAGACGCCCCAGAGCCUCAGUCAAAUGCCACCACAGAUGCAACACCCGCGGGUCUCGAUGUAUCCCGACACGAUUUUGCGAGGGCAGAUACGAUCGCAACUUCCCCAUCCUCGGUGAAUGAUCCUGCCUCGCCAAAGUCAAAACCAACCACAUCUGCUCUAGCCGCAGCACGAUUCGGUAGUGCUGUCCGCGACUCAUCUCCCUCUUUAGCACGAGACAUCGCGUCCAGGCGUGGAAUUCCACAGCCGGGACGAAAUCCACCAUCAGCGGCAGCCCAAGCCCGAGCACGACAACUAUCGCCCGAGUCCCAUCGCAGAACCCGAUCAGGACCCAGUCCUGCUCCCAAGGUUCCGCCCUCAGUCAUGGACAGCCAAACUCUGAAGCCAGCUCGCGACCCGAAAAAAGUAGAAGACGACGAUGCUUUUGCCAAGUUCUACAGCAGCAUCACUACGGGCACGAUGACAAAACUUUCUUCUGUGCUCGCAUAUGCUGGUCUACCACUAACUGCAGACGACGUGAAGAUUGACCCACCAACGCCACAAAAAUUGACGCAAAGGACAGUGCCGGCGAGCGAUUCCCCAGAUGUCAAGAAGAUCUUCUCGAAAGCUGCUCUCGAGGCUAUCGAAGAUGAGCAUCGCCAACGCGGCCACCACGGCCAUGCCUUCGGUCCUGCCGAGAGCUUUUACGUAGUGCAAACUGGUGGAGGCACCUACUCCUACGCCGACAUCGCUAAAGCACAACAACAGCAACAGCUAGAAGGUAUCGAUGAGGACGAUGAAGAAGCAUUCGUGGAUGCUCGCGAAGCCCAAACGUCACCCAAACACAGCCGCUUCUCCUCGCGAGGUGGUGGACCACGAGACUCCUUUGGCAAAUCACGCACGCAAGAGGAGCUGGAACUGGAGAAUGUCACACUCAAGCACACACUGGAACAAUUGGCAACUCGAUUAUCAGAAUUCGAGACCCAUGCUCAGGAUGCUUCGAUGGCAGCUUUGACCCAAAGCAUGGCCAGCAUUCAGGGCCAUGCUCCGCAAGGAGGAACCGAUCCUGCGCUUAUAGCACGCUUGCGGCAGGUCGAGCAACAACUAGAACAGAAGGCAGAGGAAAUGCAAAAGAUACAGAAUCUCGCGGUGAAGCAGGAGAAGACUUUGAAGAAGUAUCAGUCAAAGUGGGAAGAGAUCAAGCAGAGUGCUCGAGCUAAAGAGAGAGCGAAGGCGGAGAAGAGUGAGAAGGCGGCAGAAGUGCCGGCUGGGGUCAUGGAGAGUACCUAAUCUGUCCGUUGCUCUUGGUCCACAGCAAGUCUGCUGGGAGUGUGUCGCUGCUGGACAGCUGUCAGAACCAACACAUAGGCAGCUGGCCUGACCCGUUGAGGUUGCUCCUCAGAGUGAGACCCCUGUCAUGCUUGGAUAUCACUACCGAUCAUCACUAUCGCUUCUCUCCAGUAGUUCUUGACCCGCAAGGCCUCUACAGAGAGUUGUGUCUGUUGCGAUAUCUUUCUGCUUCCAUCUGAAUGCCAUGCAUGAUCAUUUCCAGCAUAACCCAUGCUGCCGAGCAAACCCUGAUGACCAGUCCAGUUGAUUAUCUCCGUCAAGCUGUUCCCGCACCAAUCUGGAGAAACCACAUGUCCUUCGCAGGCCUCUUCUAGGCGCGUGCUGUAAGACUAGGCUGCGCACAAUGCGCGGACGUGCCGUGCGCUGUGCAUAUGAUGUUUGGUGAGACUCGUGCAUGGUCAUAUGUCCAGAGCGAGGUAGAUUGAGCAGCAGAACCUCAAUCCGUCUCCAUCUUCGUCUCAAAAUAGCUCGUGACAGCAUCCACAAGAUCCUGUUUCUUUCCAGUGGCGCCUACACUCUUGCUCUUCAACCACGUUUUCAGAUCAUUCACUUUGAACUUCGAUAAAGUCUCCUUCUCAUAGGCGCUUCUCAUGUCA